AUGCAUCCCUCAUCGCAGCAUCACACUUUCUCACUGUGGGGGUCGGGCUAUUUGUACCUCAUCUUUGGAUCUGGAACUGGACUGUUUGUAUCGGAUGAGUCCGUAGUGAAGCCCGUGGUGAGCGUGUACCCAGCAGCAUCCAGAGACCCUGUGGAGAGGGGCAGCUCCCUGCUGUGUCUGGCCUCAGCCAUGUUUCCUCCUGUGGUCCAGUUCUCCUGGAAAAGACAGAAGAACAACGGACAACCAGAGAACCUUCCUUCUACUGGGACAGAGCAGCUGGAUCUCAGAGAGUCUGGACGCAGCGCCUCCAUCCUGCUGAUCCAUCAGCAAGAGGACAGCUCCUAUAAAUACAUCUGCUCCGUCAAACAUGAGGGGGGAACAGUGGAGGUCCAAACAGAAGAGCUUUGUCCAUCCUUUAAGAAGAUCUUCAAUGACGUGAAGCUGCUCUGCCUGCUGUACACAGUGCUGAUAGUGAAGAGUCUGGUGUACUGCUGUGGACUCUCUCUGCUGAUGAUCCUCAGAAACAAGGGAGCAUCCACCAACUCCAAACAUGCUGACUGACUGUUUUCUGAUCCUCUUUUCUCUCCAUCAAAUCUCAUCCUUUCAUCUCAUUCAUCACUUUGAUCACAGCUGUCUAAUGUUCUUAAUGACUUGAUACAGAUUCUUCAUCAAACUGUGUCAGUAGCUAGUUUGUGGUGAAGUAAAAUUGCUUUUUUGUUUUCAAUACAAAAAUUCAGUAAUUUACACUGUUCCUUUUUUACAUGAUCUUCAAGAAUGUUUUCAAUAAACUCAAACACAAUCUUCUUGUUUCUAUUUAUUUAAAGAUAUUUAACUAAGUUUGUGAUUCUCUCUGGUGCAUUAAAUUAUACAAAGGUUCUAUGAAGCAGAAUAAAGACAGAGAGCAGAGAGAGGUUAAUGAGUGAACAGUAGAUAUAAAUCUGCUCUCAGUGGUUUUUAUUACAGGAAAUGCUGCAGACAGACAAAAUUCCUGCAGAUGUUUGAGCUCUGCAGACUUCAAACCGUUUUCUGUGGCUUCACAAAUAAAAACAGAAAAAAAAACUUUUACUGUUCUUUAGACAAAUGUCUUAGUGAUUUUCAUUUUAGACAUUGAAUUCAAUUUGAUUAGAACCACAAAUCAAAAAUAUAUUUUCAUAUUCCAGCACUUCAUG